UUGAUUUUUAAUUAUCUUAGAAUGGACAAAGAUACACAUUCUGUUAUCAUAAAUGUAACCAAAGAAAGAAGAUUUUCAACGGAUGGAAGAAAAGAGAAAACUAAAAGCUUUUCAGCCGUAACUCCAAAAAGAACACAUAAUCGGAUCGUAUCAAAACCAUCAGAAGCAACCUUGAAAGUAUACGAUAUACCGGAAGAUAAGCCGCUUCCUGUUUUUCAACUUAAAAAUGAUAGCACUUUGCUUUCAUAUAAGUUUUAUUCAAAAAUACAAGACUAUCAUAGACAUAGGAAACAGCUCGCAAUACCUAUCCAGAAUAAACAUAAAAUACUAAGUACUAAUUUCCGACAACGAUUGCAUGUUGAUGUUUCAUCUGAGAAAAUAAAAACCAUUAUAGACGUCGAUGAAGAUUUUUAUAACUGUAUCAACGGGCGUAUAUUUAAACAUGAACAGGGUGCACAGUACAAAUCAUUGAAGAUAAAUUUUAAUAAGAAAUUACAUAUAAAACAGCAAGUCGGUCAUAUAAGAGACUGCGUGAUGAACAUAGAACUCAAUCAGAAAAAGGAGUUGGAAAUAUACAACAAUACUUUACGUGAAGUAACAGAUCAAGCGAAGUAUUUUGAUCAAUUCAUUUCAGAGGAUUACAGGAAGUCUAUGAUUUUGUUGGAACAAGGCGAUAAAUUACUCGCAAAAGUUGAUAAAGUUAAAACAGAGCUAGAGAAUUUGGCUGGAGAAACAUUUUUUAUUACUUCUAAAUUGAUAGGAUUGGAUUAUAGAUACGGUUUGUUACAAAAGUAUGGGCGAUUUCUAUAUUAUUUAUCACCUCCGUCCUGGAGAGCGGGUAACAGAGAUUUUGCAAGAUCAAUAGAAAUUGAGGCUAAAGGUUUUGAUCUAGGAGUUUCCAGCGACGAAGAUACUUUUACGGUGAUUUAUGAAAAAUUGCGUAAAGAAUGUUGUAAGUUUGUUAAGCCGGCAUUGUAUUAUACUGAACCUAAACAUUUAAUGGAUGUGUUUGAAAGAAUCGAACAACAACAACUAAAUCAUUUCACCCAUGUGUCUCAUUUUUCUCCAUACACGAAGAUGUUGAAGGAAAGUAUUAAACGUUUAAAAGAUAACGUAGCUGAAGAGAGUGUGCUAGUUUCUGAAACGAUAACGUAUUUUAAAGAUCUUGUAGAGUUUAAUGAACAGAGAUGUUUAUUUUUGGAGGAGAAAUUUUUCAAAAUUCUACACGGUUUGUUUUAUGAAAGUGUUGGAACAAAAGAUGUUUUAAAGUUAUUCUUUCACUUAGAGUUUUGUUAUGAGAAAGUUUAUGCAGAGAAACCUAUCAAUAAAGAUAUGAAGGCGGUAGCUGAGUCUUUGGAGGCUUUUUACUUAGACUACUCGAAGCGAUUAGAUGCACUGCGAAGUGAAACUGUCGAUCGUGCGAUAAAUAUUUGUGUAGAAACAGAAAGAAGAAAAGCUAGGAAUGCUAUAAAAGCGGCGAAAGAGUUGAAAAUGUUUAAUAUAUUGGAGAGGAACUUGCUUCGAGCGCAUGGAUUGCCACCAAAAAUUACACUUCCCGUUUUACCUUUACAAACUAAACAGGCGAAAAAAUCUCCGAAACCACAACGAAACUGAUUAGAAUAUAAUUUUUUUACUCCGUGAGGUUUUAUGUAUUGUAUAAUGUAAAUCAAAAAUUAGGGUUUUUUGUUACAAUUAUUAGAAAUUCCUAACUAUUUAGUCACUUACUAUUUUUAGCAUUAGUUAGUUGGACUCACAUCUUCCAGUUAUUUUUUAGUAUUACUAGUUUAAUGAUAUCUUAGCGGUCAGGGUAAUGUAAUAAAAAAAAACAUAUUGAAAACAGAAUUUAUUACAGGGAAUCACUUUGAAAACCAUUCAUGACGAUAUAAAAACAAUAUAAUAAUUUCUUUUUGUUUUCUCCUUGUGUGCUUUUAAUUAAACAAUAGUUUUAUUAAC